AUGGUGACUUUCAACCACACGUCCCAGAAGUUCACACUGAACACCGGAGCAGAGAUGCCCGCUGUAGGUCUGGGAACUUGGAAGUCACCGCCAGACCAAGUCCGCAACGCUGUCAGUCACGCGCUUCAGACGGGAUAUCGCCACAUCGACACAGCUCUGAAUUAUCGCAAUGAGGUCGAGGUUGGCCAGGGCAUCCGAGAUUCAGGGGUUCCGCGAGAGGAGAUCUGGGUAACCACGAAGCUGGACAACCCAUGGCAUCACAGAGUUCGUGAAGGAUUCGAUAAAUCCCUAGCUGACUUAGGCAUUGAGUACAUUGAUCUGUACCUGGUUCAUUUUCCCUGCUCCACCGACCCUGAAGACCCCUCGAAGCAUCUGUCUGAUUGGGACUUUGUCAAGACCUGGCAGGAGAUGCAAAAGCUGCUGGAUUCCGGCAAAGUCAAGAACAUUGGCGUCUCCAACUUUCAGAUUCGGCAUUUAGAGAAGCUUCUGGGUGAUCCGUCUUGCAAGAUUGUUCCUGCGGUGAACCAAAUCGAAUUGCACCCUGGCAAUCCAUCUCCUAAAUUAUUAGAGUAUUGCGCGUCGAAAGGCAUACAUUGUACAGCUUAUUCCUGUCUUGGAGGCGCAACAGACAAUCCGCUUUACAAGGAAGCUGUUUUGUCUGAAAUAGCGCGCAGAGUUGGCAAGUCUCCCGCACAGGUUCUACUGCUAUGGAGCCUCCAGAGAGGCACGAGCAUCAUCCCUAAAAGCGUGACACUGUCCAGGAUCGAGACAAACUUCCAGUUGGAUGGUUGGGAGCUGACCCAAAACGACAUGGCGGCUCUUAGUGGUAUCAAGACCCGGUUCAAGGUCGUCAACGACUCUUGGAUGCCAAUCAAGGUAUUUUUCGGAGACGACGAAUAA